UUCGACUAGAUAGAGGCGACUCAUUGACUCUUGUUCGGUCUACUCACUCAGUCAGUAAAGUACAAAAACCUUCUUCUCUAGCAGUGUGUAAAAGAUUUACACAGAAAGUAUUUUCCUCCAAUUGCCUUUCUCGAAAAGAAAAACAGUUUUUUUUUCUUGUUUUAUGAGAGCAAACAAACAAAUCCAUUAUAAAAAUCCAGUACCAAAGUACUCUCAGUUGCCCCUACUAAUUCAAUCAAAGAAAACAGAAAGUAUUUAUCAAAUUUCAGAUGAAAAUAUUCAGAUAGUAAUAGUAGUAGCAGAAUAAUACCCAAUUAAUUUUCUUAGAAAUUCAGCUACCAAGUUCUCUUAGAUUAAAGAAAAUCAUGAGAAAUAGUCACAUAUUUCUCAUACUAUUAGUACCCAUUCUUACUCUUUUUCAAGCUGAAGCUGCUUCUGCUGGACCCAUAGCGAAACACAUAUCACACUUUCUGAAAUGGACUAGAUCUUCUCCAAAAACUCCCCAAACAGAAGGGAAUAUUGUUCAGUUUGAGAAUGGGUAUUUGGUAGAAACUGUUGUUGAGGGAAAUGAGCUUGGGGUUGUUCCUUAUUCCAUCAGAGUAUCCCAAGAUGGUGAACUCUUUGCUGUUGAUACCGUGAAUAGUAACAUCGUUCGGAUCACUCCACCAUUAUCACAAUAUAGCAGGGCAAGGUUGGUUGCUGGUUCUUUUCAAGGUUACACAGGCCAUGUAGAUGGGAAACCAACUGAUGCUCGUUUUGAUCACCCCAAGGGUGUCGCUAUGGAUGAUAAAGGAAAUGUGUAUGUUGCAGACACCCCAAAUCUAGCUAUUAGAAAGAUAGGAGAAUCUGGUGUGACAACAAUUGCUGGAGGGAAAUCUAACACAGCAGGGUAUAGGGAUGGACCCGGUGAUCAUGCAAAAUUUUCGAGUGAUUUUGAUGUUGUCUAUGUUGCACGUACUUGUUCUUUGUUAGUAGUUGAUAGAGGAAAUGCUGCACUUAGGCAAAUUUCUCUGAACCAAGAGGAUUGUGAUGCACAGGAUAGCUCAAUUUCUACUGCAGACAUUGUGAUGGUUAUUGGUGCAAUUUUGGUGGGAUAUGCUACAUGCUUAGUUCAACAGGGAUAUGGAGCUUCCUUCUUCUCAUGGGUGAUUCAACCAUCAGAAACUAAGAUUCAACAAAAAGCCACCAUUGAGAAACCAAAUCUCUUCGUCAAGAGCUUAAAAGAGGAUCCAGAUGCCGGAUGGGCAUCAUUCGGGAGACUUUUUGUUGAUAUAUCAAAAUUAGCUGCCGAGGCUCUGGGUAGUGUCUUUCUUUACAUAGUGCCGUCCAAUUUCAGACCUGGUAUAUCGAGCAAAGCACUUACUCCAAUGAAAGACUCUCUUGUCAUGCCUGCGGAUAAGAAACCUGUACCUCCAUUGGUGCAGAAGCAUCGAAACUCAGCUCCUGUUAUUGAAGCACGACAUUCCCUUGCUCCAAAUUCUAGUGACAACAGUUACAUACAACACAAGCUUCAGAAGAGUAAAUCAUCAAACCCCAAGGAAGCUUCAUCAACAGGGAAGUAUCGAUCUUCAAAGAGACAAGAUUUCACCGACUUCUAUGGAUCUGGCGAGCCACCACCACCUUACGGACAAUUCAGUACUUCUAAGACCCAGAAAGAAAGAAGCAGGCACCGUCACCGUGAUAGAAGUGGAGAGGUGGUUUAUGGAGCUGCUGAGCCGAAACCUGUUGAGAUCAAGGCAGUUGACUAUAAUGAUUCUAAGUUUGAUCAUUACAAUAUCAGGAGCAAGUAUGGUACAAAUGAUCUAUAUAAUUACUGAGUUAGGGCCUUGAAGACAUAAUAGCUUGAGCUACAGGGUUUUUCUAUUGUAGGCAAACUAGAUAUUCAGAAUGUGUUUCUAGAAGCUCAUUAUCACUGGUUUCAUCCCAAACCCAUGUUUUGUUUUGUGAGUUACUUUGGGUUUUAACCUAGUAGUAGAAAAGCCCGAAAAUCUCCCCCUUUUAAUGCAAGCAACAUUAUCGGCAUUGACCGUUGGAUUAUCCAAUUCUGAAAUUUAGCCGUCAGAUUUACCAUCCCCU